CCCUAAUUUUAGUUAAUUAAAACUUAGGGUCUCUUUGGGACUUUGGGUAUGGACUUAGAGGGAGGGGUUGUGAUGGAGCGCUCCCCGUCGUCUGGAGUAAUCCUCUUGAGCCUUUUUCCUAUCUUUGGUUCUGUCAGUGCAGGCUUGGUCCGUGUGCUGAUGUUUACAUGACCUCCCUCCUCCUGUUGGCUUCUGUCUUUUUUUCCACGGGGAGCUGACAGGGACAGGACACCGGCGUGACACGGAUCUGAGCAUCACGGGGAUGCACUGAGGACCGGAACAGACCGUCGGUCACGGGGAACGGUGUCUGUGACUCAUCUGGAUUUGGAUCCGCUCUAACCUCGAACAAUUUCUACCGUUAAACAUGAGCGGGAGAGUUGGAGAUCUGAGUCCGAAACAGGCUGAGGUGUUACAGCAGUUUCGAGAGAGGACGCAAGAUAUUCUUCCACAACUUCCGGCGCAACAUGACCACUUCCUGUUACGGUGGCUCAGAGCCAGAAACUUCAAUCUCCAGAAGUCUGAGGCCAUGCUGCGAAAGCAUUUGGAGUUCAGGAAACAGAUGAAAGUAGACGCAAUCAUCACAGACUGGCGACCACCAGAGGUCAUAGAGAAGUAUUUGUCAGGAGGGAUGUGCGGUUAUGACCGUGAGGGGAGUCCCAUCUGGUACGACGUCAUCGGACCCGUGGAUCCCAAAGGCCUCUUCCUGUCCGCCUCCAAACAGGACUUUAUCAAGUCCAAGAUCAGAGACUGUGAGAUGUUACAGAAGGAGUGUAACCUGCAGUCACAAAGGUUGGGGAAAAAUGUGGAGUCGAUUACGAUGGUGUAUGACGUUGAAGGUCUGGGUCUGAAACACUUAUGGAAGCCGGCCAUAGAAACAUAUGGAGAGAUCCUGCAGAUGUUUGAAGACAACUACCCUGAAGGUCUGAAGAGGCUGUUUGUUAUUAAAGCCCCCAAACUUUUCCCUGUGGCCUAUAACCUGGUCAAACACUUCCUGAGUGAGAACACACGACAGAAGAUUCUAGUUCUGGGAGAUAACUGGCAGGAGGUUUUACUCGAGUACAUCGAUGCUGAGGAGCUGCCGGUCAUAUACGGGGGUAAAAUGACGGAUCCUGAUGGAGACCCCACAUGUCGGUCCAGGAUAAACCACGUGGGUCCGGUUCCCCCCUCCUACUACGUCAGGGACCACGUUAAGGUGGACUACGAGCAGUGUCUCACCGUCAGUCGGGGCUCGACCCAGCAGAUGGACUAUGAGAUCCUGUUCCCCGGCAGCGUCCUCAGGUGGCAGUUUGCCAGUGAGGGAGCUGACAUCGGCUUUGGUGUGUUCAUGAAAGCUAAAAAGGGCGAGUGGAAGAAGGCGGCUCAGAUGCAGGCGGUGGUGCCCAGUCAGCGCUACAACGCCCACUUAGUGCCCGAGGAUGGAUCUGUGACGUGUGAACGUGCAGGAGUGUAUGUACUGCGAUUUGACAACACGUACAGCAUCUUCCAGGCCAAGAGGAUCAGCUUCAGUGUGGAAGUCCUGCUCCCGGACCGGCUCCAGGCCCAGGUGGCCAACAUAAGGUCCAGAGACAAUGACCCGGCAGGAGGCAACAGCCAGUCCUAACCCGGACCAGGACGCCUCCAGGUCACAGUAGAUGAGCUUCAGGACACUGGACUGGGAUAAAGAUCACAACAUCCUUGGAAAGAACAGAGGAAACGCAUCUGAUGGACAGUUUACAGACACUCAGGUUUCCACAUGGACACUGUGAUCUUUCCUCCUGUUCAGACUGGAUCCCAGGCCCUGCUCAGACCCUUUAUUAACC